UUUUAAACUGUCCUGUCACAUUUGACAAUGACAUGUUGACACGUCAAAUUCCUUAAAUCGUUUUCUCAUCGUAUUGCGUUAUAUUUAUUGUUUCCUAAACAAUUAUUUGUUUAAACGUAAUUAAAUUAAAAAUCUUAGAGGUUCAUCACUGAUAAAUCAUUCUGAUAAAACAUCUUAUAACAUUGAAUUAACUGCAUACCUAUGCUACAUCAGGCAAUGGAAGACGAUUUUAGCAAGUAGUUCCUUCGAAAGGCUUUUAAUAUUUUUAUUGAAAACGUCCACGUAUUACAAGUAUUACAAGAAAUUAACAAAACUUGGUACUACAUGUUACGCUCAUAACAUUACCUACUAUGCGGUAUUACUUGUGCCACUUGUGCUUAUCAAAUGACCUUGAAUUUAUAUUGUAGAUAUCCAGUUGUAUGCGUAUUUAUAUUAAUUUCCCCAAAUACAUUCUGAGUUAUAUAAUAUACGCUAUUUAAAUAAUUAACGGACGGUUUACUUAUUGUGUUUUUAUAAUAUCAGUGGAAAAUAAAUACUUAAAAAUGGGAACAACAUGUAAAAGACGAGGAUUCGCAAUAGGCCCGGUUUUAAAUAUGCUUAAUGUGUCCAAAACGCGAAAGUUUAAAAUGGUAUAUAAUAUCAAAAUGGUUUUAAAUAAAAUACUUAAGAUUGCAUGUGAUAGUUAUUGAUAGGUAUGUUUGAAUCCUGUAUCAAGUAUUUAACCUCAUAAGGCCCUAGGUACAUUACAAUAUAUGAAGAAGAGGGGCUUCAAUAGUUUUAGAGAAAGUGGAGAAAAUAACACAAGCAGUUGAAUAUUCAGCAGCAGAUUAGAGAACUGACAUUAAAAUCUUCAAUCCCGAUGAUGGUGAAGCAGGAACCGAAGCAGGAACCUUCUCAAGACUCAGAAAAGAUUGUCGCCUUGAAACAAGAACUGUAUGAAGAUGAGAUUGUAUUCUACAGAGAACCAAUACAGCUAGGUGUACCCAUCGAGCUGAAGGACUGCCGCGUGAGGCUUGAGCGGAUUGUUGUGAGCGCAGUCACCGCCAACAACAGUACCGAGGACCGCCAAAACUCAACACUUGUUGAUGAUGAUGAAGACUCUGUUUCAUCGAAUGAAGCAAGCGACAGCGAGUCUGAACUGUCGGUCGACACCAGCUCGAGCGAGCGUCAUGGAAGUACUUCCACCACACUUACAAACACUGACAACAAAGGGAAAUUCUCUUGCGUAAUUUGCAAAAAAACGUAUACUAGAAAACAUAAUUUAAAAAAUCAUGAAUUCAUUCACACAGGGGAAAAACCUUACUCGUGCGUCAUUUGUAAGAAAGCGUUUUACAUUUUCAGAAGUUUAAGGGAACACGAAUACACCCAUACUGGAGAGAAGCCUCACUCUUGUCGAAUAUGUCGCAAGAAGUUUAGAUCCUCAAGUUCCUUGAAGUCACAUGAAAAUGUUCAUACUAGUGUAAGGGCUUACAACUGUGAAUUUUGCCAGAAAAAGUUUAAAACCAUAUCCAUUUUGAAGAUACAUACACGUAUACACUUGGGUAUUAAACCUUACUCGUGCAAAUUGUGCGAAAAAAACUUUACGCAAAUACACCAUUUAAAAACACAUGAACGUACACAUUCAGGGAUCAAACCUUUCUCGUGUGUCGUGUGCAAACGAGAGUUCGCGCAGAAAGAAUAUUUGAAGAACCAUGAACUAAUUCACACGGGAGAGAAGCCUCACACUUGCGGAGUAUGUCAGAAAUCAUUCCCAACCGCACGAUCCUUAAACCGACAUAAACCUGUACACUUAGCCAAUAAAAAUAAACCUUACUCGUGCCCUAUAUGUAAGAAAGAGUUUACACAAUCUAGCAAUCUAAAGACUCACCAACGAGUGCACACUGGAGAGAACCCUUAUUCUUGUAAAAUAUGUAAAAAGGAGUUUAGGACAUCGACUUCCUUAAACGUACAUAGGCGAACCCAUACAGGAGUGAAGCCUUACUCGUGCGAUUUGUGUCAUUAUAAGAGUACACAAUUAAACCAUUUGAAAGCUCAUAAGCGUGUACACUUAGGGAUUAAACCUUACUCGUGUGUAGUGUGUGACAGAAAGUUCUCGCACUCGAGCCAUUUAAAGAAACAUGAAUAUCUUCACACGGGAGAGAGGCCUUUUCGCUGUGAAAUAUGUCCGAAGAAAUUUACAUGCUCUAAUUAUUUGAAACGACAUAUUGAAGCGUAUACGAGUAAGCCUAACACCUGCGGAAUCUGUCACAUGAAAUUUAAAACCGCAAAGAGUUUUAGAAGUCAUAAUAAAAGUGUACACUAAGGAAUGAAGUGAAUGUCUACGUUUCAGUUGUUCUCUUCCAAAGUCGCAUUUUCCAACUGAUUCUCGCCGUGAACCCGCAUGUUGUGAACAAAAAAGAUAAUAGUAACAAAAAAAACUUAUGCAACUUUGAUUUUUACAAUGGGAAGAAUUAAGAUAAUUAUUGCCUCUAUUAAGAUAAUUAAACUGCAUAUUAUUCUUAAAUAAACAACACACAGAUCAACCAAGCCCCAAACCAAAAAUUACUAGGUACUAGGGUGACCUAGGUACUAGGUAGGGUGGGGGGGAGGCUGGUUCGCGAAUUGUUAUUAUUAAAAACAUUACACACCCAGGGGCAUUAAUUUGUCUGUUUAUCUAUAUAUUUAAGUAUGUUCAUUGUCACCCUAGUACCUAGUAUUUUUUGGUUUGGGGCUUGGUUGAUCUGUGUGUUGUUUAUUUUCAAAACAUUGUACUCAUAUUAAGUAAGAAUAAUAUGCAGUUUAAUUAUCUUAAUAGAGGCAAUAAUUAUCUGGGUGUGUAAUGUUUUUAAUAAUAACAAUUCGCGAAAUUUCAUUUUGCAUAACUUGAAUUGCAUAAUUUUGAAAUGUAGAAAUUAUGAUUUGGUAUAAAAACAAAUACAAUAAAAACGAAUUACAUAAUUUCGAAAGUAAUUAUAGUUUAGUAGCAUAGUAAUGUAUUUGCAUAACAGGCAACCAGUAUAAUGUUCACUUUGUAUACUAUUUUAUACUCGGAACGUUUUUUAUUCAUGAAAACCAACAGCAUAAUAUUGAAGGUGUGGUUUCACAAUCAAACCACGGCAAAUCGUUCAUAAACUUUAUGUGAUUGAUUUUGCUGAAAGUUUAACAACACUGAAAUACUAAUUAAUAAAAAAACUUAAACAUUAUAUUUGCAAGGAACAUAAUCGAUUUUUCUAAGCGUCAAACUUACCUACAUCCGCUCCUAUAAACAAAUAAUAUAGGAGGGUAUACAAAUGAAAUACAGGAGCUUUCUCAAUAAGAUAUUAAGUUUGAUUUUCACGCCUAUUCUACUGACAAAGUUGUUUGACAAACUAUACUAUAGUCAAAUCCGAUUUGAGCAUACAAUUUCAUCAGAUUGGCGAAAAAUAGUUACCGUCUGGACUGGCCUUAAUGUAAAAGCUAUCCCCGCUUCCCGAUAUUGGGCCUGAAAUCAGGGCUACAACCACCGCGAAAGUCGAAGUUCGUCAAUUGCGGGCAUUUUUCUCUGUAGCUCUAAUUACGUCUUAGUGAGAGUAAAAGAGAAAGAUCCCCGCAAUGUGCGAAAUUCAGUUUUCGCGGUAGGCCCCCAGUCCAGAUUUCGAUGUCAGAUAAUCGAUUUCGUUUCACGGAAUAUCAGCACAUCGUUAACAAUAUUUGAAAUGUAAUAAAUACUUUGUCUCCAAUUGCCAAACAUUUUCAAUGUAUGAUAUUUUUGCAUAUGAACCAUUUUUAGGGUUCCGUAUAGCUAAAUGGAAAACGGAACCCUUAUGGUUCCACAUGUCUCUCUGUCUGUCUGUCCGUCCGUAUGUCACAGCCACUUUUUUUCCGAAACUACAAGAACCAUACUGUUGAAACUUGGUAAGUAGAUGUAUUCUGUGAACCGCAUUAAGAUUUUCACACAAAAAUAGAAAAACAAAAACAAUAAAUUUUGGGGGCUCCCCAUACUUAAAACUGAAACUCAAAUUUUUUUCUCAUCAAACCCAUACGUAGUGGGCGAUAGGUUUUCAAAAAUGAUAUUUAGGUUUCCAAUAUCAUUUUUUUCUAAACUGAAUAGUUUGCGCGAGAGACACUUCCAAAGUGGUAAAAUGUGUGCGUGUGUGUGUGUGUGUGUGUGUGCCCCUGUAACUUUUAAAAUAAGAGAAUGAUAAAAUACAAAAUAUAUGAUGAACUACCAUGCAAACUUCCACCGAAAAUUGGUUCGCACGAGAUCUAGUAAGUAGUUCUUUUUUAAUCGUCAUAUAUGGUACGGAACCCUUCAUGGGCGAUUCCGACUCGCACUUGGCCGCUUCUUUACAAUUCAAAUAUUCUAAACGAUGUGCUGAUAUUUGGUGAAACGGAGAUAUAUUAUUUUCACCACACCAACUGGUAAAGUUUGUUCAAAAACUAAUGAGAAAGUUGCAUUUUAUCCACAUGUGGGGCAAAGUAAUCAGAUGCAAAUUUUGAGUUGUUUCUUUAUGUUAUCUGGCAGAAUUGACUUUUAAAUGAUGAUUUUGAAUAUUAUUUUUUUAUUACGUUCAUUUGGAUUUAAUUUGGUUUGAUUUUUUUGUAUUUCAUAGUAUUAUCCUCGCGUUGGUGUGGUGAACAUUUUUGUGUUUCACUCGGAGGCAAAGUUUGUUUAACCCACGUGAACUUAAAACCCUCGCAACGCUCAAGAUUCCACUACUCGAAUCAC